AUGAGUUCGUAUCUCCCGGUUCGGCAUGGAGCGCCGAGAGAGGAUCUACACAGUGCUGAAAAUACGGGAUAUAUGGACCAUUUUCUAAACAUCCCCGAUAUAUGUCCGACUGGAAAUUACCGAACUCCGAGAUACUACAUGCAUGGUUCCUAUAACACAGAUGCCUGCCGUAUGGAUGCAGCUUUACAACAGAGAAAUCACGAUUUGAGAAUGGGUCUCCAGGCUAACCGGUCCUUUUAUCCAAAUAUGAACAUGCACGGUAUGCGAUUUGGUGAAACAUGUCCGGAUCCACAGGCUAACUGUACCCCGUCACACAUGGUAAGAACAGACAACAUUAGUCCUCUCACUAAAGAUGUUGGUGGAAAUGGUGGUGAUACGGAGACUCCCUCCUUUUAUCCAUGGAUGUCAAUUGUAGACAAUCAUGGUCGUGAUUAG